UGCAGGGUCUGGGGAGACCAGAUCUAGUGGAUGCAGGGUCUGGGGAGACCGGAUCUAGUGGAUGCAGGGUCUGGGGAGACCAGAUCUAGUGGAUGCGGGGUCCGUGGAGACCAAAUAUAUUGGAUGCAGGGUCGGGGGAGACCAGAUAUAAUGAAUGCAGGGCCUGGGGAGACCAGAUCUAUUGGAUGCGGGGUUCGGGGAGACCAAAUAUAUUGGAUGCAGGGUCCGGGGAGACCGGAUCUAGUGGAUGCAGGGUCUGGGGAGACCGGAUCUAGUGGAUGCAGGGUCUGGGGAGACCAGAUCUAGUGGAUGCGGGGUCCGUGGAGACCAAAUAUAUUGGAUGCAGGGGUCCGGGGAGACCGGAUCUAGUGGAUGCGGGGUCCGGGGAGACCGGAUCUAGUGGAUGCGGGGUCCGGGGAGACCGGAUCUAGUGGAUGCGGGGUCCGGGGAGACCGGAUCU